CCCUCGUCUUCGCGCUUGCCCAAGAGAGAGUUUGAGAGAGGGAGAUGGCAGGGUCACGGAGAAAGUACAAGAGAUCGAAGUCCAAGGUGCAAGUGGCCCUGCCGAGGAAGAACCCUAGAAUAUUCAAGCCAGCCUUCUCUGUCCCGCCUAAGCUCCGUGCCCUAAUCGGUGAUUCCUCCGAUCCCAAAUGGGACGACCAAGGCACUGUCAUUCGCAACUACAAGUCAUACGGCGUCGUCUCGAACCCUAAUUUGCUCGGCGUCCGAUCUCGCACUCCUCAGAUUAUCGAAACUGACUCUCUCCAAGUCCCUCAGCCGCCGCCGCCGCCGCCGUCAGAUUCCACCGAUGCGGCCGUCUCGGAGUUCGAGCCUCUCGAUUCUGGCAGCGAUCAGGAAGAGGAUGAUUUGAAGUCGGCACUUGGGAAGAAGAGAAGAGAUGGAAAAAAUGCGGCUUUGAAACCACUAACCACCAUACAGCGUCUUCAUGUCCUUAAGCUGGUUGAGAAAUAUGGAGAUGACUACCAGAGCAUGUUUAUGGACACAAAGCUGAAUUCAAUGCAGCAUCCAGUUGGAACUCUGGAGAAACUAUGCAAAAGAUACCACUUGCAUAAGGAUAAAAACCCCUUAAUCUUGACAGGAUGAGCACGGUGCAGCUUCGGGCAUGGGGUCAUUUUAGGACACCAGAACUGUGAUGCUAUAUGUUUGAUUUUGUGGUAUAAUUGCAUUAUUUUUUGCCAACUUGGGAUUAGUAGAACUGCAUUUUUGUUGAGUUAUGACUUGGAUUAUUUAGAUGAGGAUGUGUUUUCUCUACCAGUUUUGGCACUCUAUGGUGUUUUUUAGUUAGAAGUAUGUAGUUGAUUCCUCAGGAAUGAAAUGAAAGCAGUCAUCUCCAUUCAUUAUUUUAA